CCUCCGGCGCCUCGCCCCCGCCGUCGCCAUGGGGAGACGGCCUGCUAGGUGCUACCGCCAGAUCAAGAACAAGCCAUACCCCAAGUCAAGGUACUGCCGUGGUGUCCCUGACCCGAAGAUCAAGAUCUUCGACGUUGGGAUGAAGAAGAAGGGAGUGGACGAGUUUCCCUCCUGCGUCCACCUGGUCAGCUGGGAAAAAGAGAACGUCUCCAGUGAGGCUCUUGAGGCUGCCCGUAUUGCUUGCAACAAGUACAUGACCAAACAUGCUGGCAAGGAAGCGUUCCACCUGAGGGUCAGGGUCCAUCCAUACCAUGUCCUUCGUAUCAACAAAAUGCUUUCAUGUGCCGGGGCUGAUAGGCUCCAGACUGGAAUGAGGGGUGCUUUUGGGAAGCCUCAAGGUACCUGCGCUCGUGUUGACAUUGGCCAAGUCCUCCUUUCGGUGCGCUGCAAGGAGAGCAAUGUUGUUCACGCUGAAGAAUCCCUCCGCCGUGCCAAGUUCAAGUUCCCUGGCCGUCAGAAGAUCAUCCGCAGCAGGAAGUGGGGCUUUACAAAGUACAACACUGAAGAUUAUAUUGAUGCUGCUAUUUUAGUUGACUUUCUGUCUCUGCAGCUUCUUGGUGUCCAUGGCCCUAUUGCUAAGCGUGCACCUGGGCAGGGCAUCAUGGCUUGUUGA